AUGCGUGGCGAAUCGCCAGGGGAGACUCUUGUGAGGGCGGGAGACGAAGCGCGGCGGGUGCAGGAAUGGGGCAUCGCGGAGCGCUUCUACUCUGCCGCCUCGGCGAAAGUCCGCGGGAGAGGAGAGAAGGCCUCCAUCUAUGCCAGGAAAGCGGCGCUGCUGCUGGACGCGUCGAGCGACCCCGAACUCCUGGCGGCGGUCGAGCGCCGGCUCCACCUCCUGCCCUUCCGCCGCGGCGCCGUGCCCUCCUUCUCGUCGCAGCCCUCGCGCUCUUAUCUGCCUCAAGCACUCGAAGGGACUGCAGCUUUCCCCUCCUCGCCCGCCACCCAGCCCAGAUUUCGGGAAGAUGGCGAUGAAGCUGCGCCGUUAAGUCGAAAUGCUCGCGGCGCCCAGUCGGAGGGUGCGCCGGCGGAGGCGCGGGGCAAUCGAGGCCGCCGCCCUGGCGACGGGCUAGAGACACGGGGCGCCGCUAGGCUCAGUCAUCCGUGUAGCAGAGGAGACGUGUGUGCGCGUGUGUUAGAGCCUCUGCAGGCGAGGCAGAAGAUGGAGGCCGAGGCCACAGGGGGGACGCGAGCUGCGGAUCUGGCUCCGCCCGCCCUGAGCCCCCAUGACCGCGGUCGCAGGCCGCCGGCGGGCACGGGCGGUCGGGGGACACGGCGCCCGGAGGCCCUCUGGCUAUCUGAGGCGCUCAACGCGCGACAAAAGACCAGGGGCUGGUUUGGAGAAGGCGAACUUGCCCUCGUCGAACAGGCGCGCGCGCACGCCGCCAGAGCUCUGAGGCUCAAUCCCAGAAGUUUUCUUUCCCUAUACACGGCGGCCCUGGCAGACGUCCUGGCGCAUCGCUGGAGGUCGGCUUCGGUUCUCACCGCCGCCGCGCUUGGCGUUCUGACGCAGAGGGGGUUCUACAGCCCCGCGCGACUUUCGUCACGCUUUCGCUGGCGUCUCUUCCACCCGCCAGGAACCUCUGCGGCUGCGGUCUUGUCCUCGUCGGCCCCUCUGUCCUCUCCUGUGUUUUCGCCUUGCUUCCGUGCUACGAGCGCCGCUUCACCCACUUCUGCAGGUCUGUGUCUUUCGUUUGGCGCGCUCCGGAGGGCCCUGAAUCAGCGAGAAAGAACUAAAAGAGCGAUAAAUAUCUCUGCUAUGCCGCGGCCACUGUGUCGUGGGGCUGCCCAUAGCCCAUCGGCGCAUCGGAAGACUCCUUUGGGCGGCGGAAAUGAAGACGAAGAGCCGCCCCGUAGGGCUUCGCGGGGGGCUGCCGAAGACGGUCUGCGGGAGGUCCCUGCUCGCGCCGGCAGGGCGCAGGCGGCAGGUGGAUCUCAAAGCGUGCCGGCACCGCGUGCACUUCCCUCGUCUGACCCUAUUCGCUGGAGCCUGCGGCGGUUCUACAGGCAUCUCCCGAGAAACUGUGAUGACGCCGCGUCAUCGUUGCUAUAUCACAGUUGCUUCCGGAGAACCAGCUCUGAGAUCAGGUUCAUGAGACGAGAGCCGGCCAACUUCCAAAUGUAUGUGGAGCUAAAACUGCUGCAGAUGCGGAGUAGCCUUCUCGCUGGACAGCCACUCGAGUGCCUCCGCAGCCUCUGCGGACUCCUAGCGACGGUGGCAGAAGCCGAAGCGACGCCGGGGUGCUCGCACGCCUUAUCUGCGGUUGACGUGGGAAGAGCGGCUGAAGAAGGACUUCUGCUUGGCGCGAAGGCGAUGUGCACGUUGCUCACCGAGAUGCUGAAGAUAGUGCAGCGCGAGCAGGAGAGCGACUCCAAGGUAACGGCGAGCCACAAUGGCUUUCUACUGCUGGAUUGGCCGCUUUUAGAGCACAUCCAGGCGAGUCUCCAACGUAAUCAAGAGACGCCAGCUGGCGAGGCUCUCGGCGAGGAGUCGGUGGCGGGUGCAGGCCGUCAGAGUGCCGGGCGAACGAGCCUGGGUCUGGGCCUUGCCACCUCUGUGUCUCCACGCGCGUCCUCUGCGCUUCCGCCUGGAGCCGCCCGCUUCCCGGCGGGCUCCACAGAGCAGGCAGAGGCGUUGACGCCAACGUGGAGAGACACACAAGCUGCGACAGACGCAGCGGCUUUGCUCGUUCGCAGCCUUGGCCAGGCACCAUUCGAGGCGGCCCCAUGCGCAGCCAGCAUCGAGUUGCUGAAGGCCCUGCUGCAUUGGAGCUUAGAGGCGCUUCGCGCGUGCUUCCGCAGCGCCUCUGAACGCGCAGACUACGACCGGAUGGCCGCGGCGGCGGCGUGGAGGGCUCGGUGCUUCCUCCAGUGCAGGAUGUGGGAAGAAGCGGUCCGCGAGAGCACUCAGGCCCUGGCAGUUGAUCUCUGGACUCCAGCUGAAGUCUUUUGCACGCCGCCUCCGGGUGACCUGUCUUUGCGGCCAGCAGGAGCAGGCUCGUGCGCGUCAGAGUUUCAAGCUGGACGGCCUCUGCUCAGCUUGUUUAGCCCCGUACACGUCCGCGCUGUCGCCCACUUCAUGGCGGGGCGUGCGGAAGCGUCAGCCGCGGACUUCCUGUUGGCGCGCUCCCUCACAGGGGCGCGUGGCCCCUCAGUGGGACACGGAGGGGAGCGGGAGACCCACGACGGGCCGCACGGGCCGCUGUGCCCCUCCGAGGACAGUACCCCUGAUACGUCUGGAGGCCCCGAGGAAUCAGGGAAAAAAUGCCAGCGUGGAGACCCUCACAAGGACGAGGAGGCAGCGCCCAACGCCCGAGGAUCCCCCCAGCGGCUACACGACGCCUCCUCAAGCCACAGAGGCUCGAUGACGGAAGCUGCACGGAUGCACGCCAGCGCCGACCGCGAAGGAGACCGUGGAAGCGAUUUGCAAACACACUUACAGAAGAAAACGCUUUUUAAUCCUCGCGAGCCAGCACAUCGGUGGGGGCGGACACCCGCGGAGAAAGCCCGCCUGAAACGCCGAAUGGAGAACCGCAGUCGAUUUCUUUUUGACUUUUAG